AUGUUAAGAUUCUCAAGAUCAUUUUCAAAAUCAGCUAUUAAUAAUUAUAAAGUUACCGUUUUAGGAGCUGGUGGUGGUAUUGGUCAACCAUUAUCAUUAUUAUUAAAAUUAAAUCAUAAAGUUACCGAUUUAGCUUUAUAUGAUUUAAGAGGUGCCCCAGGUGUUGGAGCUGAUGUUUCUCAUGUUCCAACCAACUCAACUGUUAAAGGUUACGAACCAGAAAACUUACCAGAAGCUUUAAAAGGUUCUGAUGUUGUUGUUAUCCCAGCUGGUGUUCCAAGAAAACCAGGUAUGACUAGAGAUGAUUUAUUCAACACCAAUGCUUCAAUUGUUAGAGAUUUAGCUAAAGCUUGUGCUGAAAACUGUCCAGAUGCUGCUAUCUGUGUUAUUUCUAACCCAGUUAACUCAACUGUUCCAAUUGUUGCUGAAGUUUUCAAAUCAAAAGGUGUUUACAACCCAAAGAAAUUAUUCGGUGUUACUACUUUAGAUGUCUUAAGAGCUUCAAGAUUCGUUUCUGAAAUUGCCAACACUAACCCAGUUAAUGAAAAAAUUACUGUUGUUGGUGGUCACUCAGGUAUCACUAUUGUUCCAUUAUUAUCUCAAUCUAAACAUAAAGAUUUAGAUACUGAAACCAGAGAUGCUUUAAUUCAUAGAAUCCAAUUUGGUGGUGAUGAAGUUGUCCAAGCUAAAAAUGGUGCUGGUUCAGCUACUUUAUCAAUGGCUCAAGCCGGUGCUAGAUUUGCUGGUUCAGUCUUAGAUGGUUUAAGUGGUGAAACUGAUGUUAUUGAACCAUCAUUCGUUGAUUCUCCAUUAUUCAAAGAUGAAGGUAUUGAUUUCUUCUCAUCAAAAGUUACUUUAGGUGUUGAAGGUGUUAAAACCGUUCACCCAUUAGGUCAAUUAUCUGAACACGAAGAAGAAUUAGUUAGAUUAGCCAAAGAAACUUUAAUUAAAAACAUCCAAAAAGGUGUUGAAUUCGUUAAACAAAACCCAUAA